AUGGAGCUCACAGGCCCCACGUCUGGGAGGGGCCCUGACCCCAGACUUGGGAGGCUUUUAGGAAACCUGGAUGCACAGAGCCUGCGGAGCUGCACCUCGCAGGAAGGGGGUUUCCAGCAGGUGACAGUCACCCACUGGAAGAUCCAAACGACAGAGGCAGCACAGGCUGGGAGUAAGUCUGAGGGGAGCCCUCUCCUGAGCCCAGACCUCCUCCUGCUUCAGAGAGAGUUGAUCGAGGGGGAGGCCCCCCAGCACGAGGCCUGCCGCAGCUUCCCAUUCAACCCGGGCCUGGCCAGACAUCAGGCUUCUUGUGCUGGGGAGAAAGCUCACAGGUGUGACGAGUGCGGGAAGGGCUUCAGUCAGAGCUCCCACCUGGCGGAGCAUCGGCACAUUCAUGGCAGGGAGAGGCUAUACGUGUGUAACGCGUGUGGCAAGGACUUCGUUCUCUACACGGAUCUCACGGAGCAUCAGAAAGUACACACGGGAGAAAGGCCCUUCAAGUGCGCUCAGUGUGGGAAGGCGUUCUGUCACAGCUCAGACCUGGCCCGCCACCAGCGGGUCCACACCCGCGAGAGGCCCUUUGAGUGCAAGGAGUGCGGGAAGGGCUUCAGCCAGAGCUCACUGCUCAUUCGGCACCAGAGGAUCCACACGGGGGAGCGGCCCUACGAGUGCAACGAGUGCGGCAAGGCCUUCAUCCGGAGCUCCAGCCUCAUCCGGCACUUCCAGGUGCACACGGAGGUGAGGCAGUACGAGUGCCAGGACUGCGGCAAGGCCUUCCGCCACCGCUCAGACCUCAUCGAGCACCAGAGGAUCCACACGGGGGAGCGGCCCUUCGAGUGCAGCGAGUGCGGCAAGGCCUUCAUCCGGAGCUCGAAGCUCAUCCAGCACCAGCGCGUCCACACUGGGGAGCGGCCGUACGUCUGCAGUGAGUGCGGGAAGCGCUUCAGCCAGACGUCCAACUUCACGCAGCACCAGAGGAUCCACACCGGGGAGAAGCUCUAUGAGUGCAGUGAGUGCGGGAAGGCCUUCUUCCUGAGUUCCUACCUCAUUCGGCACCAGAAGAUUCAUACCGGGGAGAGGGUGUACGAGUGCAAGCAGUGUGGGAAAGCCUUCCUCCAGAAAGCGCACCUCACCGAGCACCAGAAGAUCCACUCUGGGGACAGGCCCUUCGAAUGCAAGGACUGUGGGAAAGCCUUUAUUCAGAGCUCCAAGCUCCUUCUGCACCAGAUUAUUCACACUGGGGAGAAGCCCUACGUGUGUAGUUAUUGUGGGAAAGGCUUCAUUCAGAGGUCAAACUUCCUUCAGCACCAGAAGAUCCACACUGAGGAGAAACUCUAUGAGUGUAGUCAGUAUGCGAAAGAGCUCACCCCACCCCCAGACUUUAAAAGCAGUCAGGAGGCCCCCCAGGAGGGCCUUCCCUUGAGUCAGACAGCCGUACACUUGGGGGACACGUAUGGAGGCCCGGGGGGGCACACAGACUUCUAA